AUGGAUUGCUGCUCAGAUGGAUUAGUGGAAGGUGUCCGUGCUCUGACACAGAGGUUUCUGGGCACAUCUAGAAGCAUCUCAGAGACGGAGGGAGGAAGGUCGAACCUUGUGGACAAUGACUCCAAGUGGAUCGACACCAAAGAGGUGAUAGAGAAAAAGGGCAAGAUCCCCGUCACAGGGCGAUACUGCACGAACAGGCGGCUGAGAGACGACUACAAGGUUGCCUCCAAGGUGCUGGGUUCUGGUAUGAGCGGUCCAGUUCAGCUGGCCACCAGCAAAGAUGGCGAGAAGUGUGCUGUGAAGAGCUUCAAGAAGCACGGCCUCUCCGACACCCGGCGGACCGACCUCAAGAACGAGGUAGAGAUAUACCUGGCUUUGGACCACCCACAUAUAGCCAGACUGAUGAUGGUCUACGAGGAUGACCAGGAGAUUCACUUGGUCAUGGAGUAUAUGGCUGGUGGCGAGCUCUACGACCGCCUCUUCGAUGCCAAAGUGUACAACGAGGAGAUCGCUGCCAACACCUGCCAUCAGAUGUUGAAAGCGGUCUCCUACAUGCAUGCGCAUCAGAUCGCGCACCGGGACCUGAAGCUUGAAAAUUUCCUCUACGAGCGGAAGGACAACAACCAUCUCAAAUUGAUCGACUUUGGAUUUGCGAAGUUCUGGGAUCGAAGUACGAAAAUGUCGCAGGCCUGUGGAUCCACCCACUACGUGGCGCCGGAGGUGUUGGCCAAGUCCUACACCCUGAAAGCAGACAUGUGGUCGCUUGGAGUCAUCAGCUUCAUGCUCCUUACAGGGAGUCCUCCCUUUCAAGGGAGUAACGACAAUGAAGUCCUGCGCAAGAUCAAGGCUGGCAAGAUCCACUGGUCCACACGCUUCAAGCGCCUCUCAGACGGUGCCCAAGAUUUCGUCAAGGCGCUGUUGCUGAUGAACCCCGAGGAGCGCUUGGAUGCCGCAGGUGCACUCAGCCAUCCCUGGAUCACCGGGAAGGGUGGUUUGCGUGGCAGCAACACCGUUCUCGACGAUGGGAUCAAGCUGAGUCUGCGAAAAUUUGCAAGGGCAUCAACAUUCCGGCGUGCUGUGCUGUCUAUGAUGGCUUGGUCUUUGUCUGCGGAGGAUCGUGCACAACUGCGCAAUGAGUUCUUGUCCUUCGACACGGAGAACACCGGAACCAUCACCCACUUGCAGAUGAAAGAAAUCCUGGAAACGAACUAUCACAUCGACAGCAUGGAGGCGGAGGCAGUCUUCAGCAUGAUGGACACCGACCACGACGAUGUCAUCGCCUACAGCGAGUUCCUUGCCGCGGCCCUGCAGGGACGGCUCAAGGUUCACGAGGAUAUCUUGCGACGGACGUUCCGAAAGUUUGACAUUGAGAAUUGCGGGCGCAUCACUGCAGAGGACCUGAGAAACAUUCUGGGCGAGCAGUUCGAGGGGACCGAUGCGGAGGACUUGAUCCGUGAGGCCGACACAAACGGCGACGGCAUGAUUGAGUAUGACGAGUUCCUGCAAUACUUCCACAAUCACGAGCCGCAUGUGGAGGGCGCAGAGGUCCAGGAAGAUGCUGGAGUUGGACCAUGGACACGGAAGACUCGAUCGCUUUGCCGUCAGCCGCCUCAGCAAACCAAACGCAGACGUGCAGCGGUCUGA